AUGAGCCCUGCCACGUUGCUUGAAAACUCUGCCUUGGCAACAACAUUCUCUGUGCCCAAAUUAGCCAAGGAUGGCUCCAAUUGGGUCACAUACAAAUCUCAAGUUGCUGUAGCUGUCGGAGCAAGAGGCCUAUCUAGGCACUUGUCUGGCACAGCCGAAUCACCUACCAUUCUUGAAUACACAAGGGAUUCUAAUGGGGUUGCAACCAAGGCCGAAGGCACUACUCUAAAAGAAGAGGAUAUAGAAGAAUACCAGCAAAAACUCAAUGAAUUUAAUUUACCAUGGAAGAAUAGCUCGGCUGCCAAAAUCUGGAAAGCCAUAUCUAAUAUGCAUGAUGGACAAACUGAAAUGAUGCAAAUAGAUGUCUGA